GCGACAGUGUCUGUAAAAAAAGAAGAACAUUAAACUCGAACGAUCAAACUCAGUAUAGAAAAGGACAUCGCAUGCAUUCUUUUGAACUAAUGUGGUGUGUCUGUGCAAUUUGUACGUAUUCUGCAAGAGGAAACCCAGAAAAGUGUUGCUCUGUGAAACACCCAGUUUUGGAGUUAAUCCCAGGGAGUUUUCAGAGGUAAUUCAUCAUGAAGUUUGCAGCAAUGGAAUGGCUGAGAGGGAUUACUCUACUGUUUAUAAUCCAAACAGUUGUCACAAUGGUCAUCUCAAAUUCUACCCGCUUGGAGUCUCUGUUGGAAAAGUACAUGGAGAAGGAUGAGGAGUGGUGGAUCUCCAAGCAGCGAGGGAAAAGAGCCAUCACAGAGAGUGACAUGCAGGUCAUCCUGGAUCUUCAUAAUAAACUGAGGGGUCAAGUGUAUCCCUCAGCUUCCAAUAUGGAGUACAUGGUAUGGGAUACAGAACUUGAAAGAUCCUCAGAAGCCUGGGCUGAAACCUGUUUAUGGGAGCAUGGACCAGCUAGCCUUCUCCCAUCAAUAGGUCAAAACCUAGGUGCUCACUGGGGAAGGCACCGACCUCCAACCUUUCACGUUCAAGCCUGGUAUGAUGAAGUGAGAGACUACACAUACCCAUACCCUCAAGAAUGCGACCCAUAUUGUCCCUUCAAAUGCUCUGGGCCAGUCUGUACUCAUUAUACACAGGUAGUAUGGGCAACAAGUAGCCGCAUAGGCUGUGCUAUCAACCUGUGUCACAAUAUGAAUGUCUGGGGCCAGAUAUGGCCAAAAGCAAUUUACCUUGUUUGUAAUUAUUCUCCCAAGGGAAACUGGUGGGGCCAUGCACCCUAUAAGAAUGGACGCCCAUGUUCUGCAUGCCCACCUAGCUAUGGGGGUGGCUGUAGAGAGAAUCUCUGCUAUAAAGAGGAUGGGUCAAACAGCCAUUACUCUUCUCAAGAACCUGAAGAAACAAACGAAAUCGAACGACAAAGGAUUAAAACACAAGACUCCAGACCGAGGACUCAUUCCCCGACAUCAUCUACAAGACCGGAAGAAUUGGAUAAGAAUGAAGUUAUAAAUACAGAACAGAUGUCUCAACAAGUUAGUUGUGAAACAAGGCUUCGUGACAAAUGUAAAGGAACUACUUGUAACAGAUACGAGUGCCCUGCUGGUUGUUUGGACAGUAAAGCUAAAGUAAUUGGAAGUGUUUAUUUUGAAAUGCAAUCCAGCAUUUGUAGAUCUGCAAUACAUUACGGAUUGAUAGACAAUGAUGGCGGCUGGUUGGAUGUUACAAGACAAGGACGAAAGGAUUACUUUAUUAAAUCAAACAAACAUGGAGUACAAUCUAUAGGCAAAUAUCAGUCUGCUAACUCGUUUACAGUGUCGAACGUACCAGUAAAAGCAGUUACCUGUCAGACAACAGUGGCCCAAAUGUGCCCAUUCCAAAAACCAGUUACACAUUGUCCAAGGUUAUAUUGUCCCCGUAACUGCUUGCAGGAGAACCCACAUUUGGCACGUGUCAUUGGAUCACGGAUUUAUUCCGAUAAAUCCAGUAUAUGCAGAGCUGGAAUACACGCUGGUGUCAUUAGGAACAAUGUAGGAGGCUACAUUGAUGUGAUGCCUGUGGACAAAAGGAAACAAUAUGCUGCUUCAUAUCAGAAUGGCAUAUUCUCAGAAAGUUUACAAAACCCACCUGGAGGCAAAGCAUUCAGGGUAUUUGCAGUGAUUUGAUUGAAGCGCACGAAGACCAUUCAACAAAAUGGAGCACUUGGAAAGAAACCGUUGAUAAUUGCAAUGCUUCCUGUCACUUAUGACAGUGAAACACUCAAAUGAGGAAUAGUUUUAAGUAUUGUAUGAUGAAUAGCUUACUUCAUAAACACAGAAUAGAGAUGACACUGUUCAGAUAGAAGUAGUUACCACAGAAUAAUCAUUCAUGUGCACUUGUCCAUUUGAUGAAUUUACCAUUCCAUGUUGUAAAAAAGAAUGUUAGCAAUAUUGAGGCAGUAUUUUGUAAUUUUAUAUAUUUCAAGAUGUGUCAUUAUCAAAAAUAAUGUUAUUGUUUAAUCUCA